UACUGUUUACUUGCUUAGCCACUUGCCAGACCACACAGUGCUUAGUUACGAGAUAUAAACAAAGCAGUAGAAAGAGAGAAAGGAAGAAAGAGAAAGAAAAAGAGCGAGAAAGAGAGAAGACAGAAGGAAAGAAAGAAAAAGAGAGACAAAACCCAAGAAACAGAAGUCCAGGCAAGUCCUGAAUAUGUUUAAUGUGAUGUUUACAACUAUGAUGAUCUAAACAAUCAGUAUUGGGCAAAAAUAUAGACAAUUUCAGACUACUCUGGAUGCAGCUUCUGUCCAACUGGUACAGCAGGCAUGAGCAGUUCCUGUGUGACACUGGCCGAGGUCCUGUGGGCAAAAGGAAGCCCUUUGGAGGAAGAAGAAAUAUGGGCACUCUUGUACCUGGCCACAGUGCAGCUUCUGGAGGACCUUCACAAAGACUCUGCUGUCUGUGUGAUUUGUCCAUGGUCAGUACUACUGUCUGCUGAAGGAAAUUUGUCCUUCCAAAACAAUGCAUCUCAGACGGAAGCUGUUCCCUUCAGUGCACCAGAAUUGCUCCACAGACAAAGUAAAAACCAGCACAUUGGACUAACAAAGAUGUUGGUGUAUUCCUUAGGAAUGACCCUGUAUUGGUCAGCAGACUACCAGGUUCCUCCAAACCAGUUCCUCCAGCUGAGCGACCAACUACACACGCUCUUGCUGACGCUAUGUGAAGAUCUGCCACAUAAAAGACUUUCUCCUGAAUCAAUCCUGGAAGCAUGUGAGGCACAUCAGAGGGAAUAUGCUUCCUUACCAGCAAAUGCUUACGUAAAGAAAAUGGUCCAGUUUGCUGUGGGAAGUGUCAGUGAGGUAGAGCGGGUAGUCACCGAAGACAGCACAGCCUCUCAGCUUAACAGAAGUCAUGUGAUAAGGAAAAGACUGCAUGAGAAAAUACCGGACACCUCACCACUGUCUUCCCAGAUGAAUUUUCACCAAGACAAAGGGUCCAGAUUAAUGAAUUAUAGUCGGUCAACAGAAGAUUACAGACAACUCUCUGUGGACUACAGUGACUCUAAUAGUAUUUCUGAAAGUACAUCUUUGAUACUGUCUAACCGAGGACAUAGGAGAGGGAGAGUUCCACAGACACACAGGUCAUGGGACCCCACCCUUAGUGGGUCGAGGACACAAAGUAGCUACAAGCUCUUCAUAAACAGGUCAGUCAGUGCUGUAGAAGAAAUCCCUGGUGGAACUCAGAAGAACAGCAGACAGAACCUGCUAAGUUUAGGUUCCACCUUCUCCGUGUCUACAAAGGACUACACAGUGGCUGCUGCAUCACAAAAAUGUUUGUUCCACAGGAAGGAAAAGUUUUCAGGUCCAGAAUUUAUUAUUUUGUCUAGUGAACCACCAGUGACCUUACAGCUGCCUGGAUCAAUUGUGACUAAAAAAGGGAAGUCCUAUUUGUCCCAAAGGGAUCUCAAUGUGAUUCUACUCAAUGGGCAGUGCCUUGAGGUGCAAUGUGACAUCAAGUCCAAGGCAAGAGAUGUUUUCAACACUGUGGUGGCAUAUGCAAACUUGGUGGAACAUUUCUACUUUGGCUUGGCUUACCUGAAAGGUAAAGAAUUCUUCUUUUUGGAUGAGGAGACCAAACUCUACAAAGUGGCCCCAGAUGGCUGGAAUGACCAACCCAAGAAGAAAACCUCCAUCAUUAAUUUCACACUCUUUCUAAGAAUAAAAUUCUUUGUCAAUCACUUUAAUGUUAUCCAGCAUGGCUUGACAAGGCAUCAGUUUUACCUGCAGCUUCGUAAAGAUAUUUUGGAGGAGCGAUUAUAUUGCAAUGAUGAGACUGCCCUGAAACUCGGCGCUUUGGCUUUACAGGCAGAGCUUGGCAAUUAUGCUUCCGAGAUGCAUGGAAAGAGCUAUUUUCGUGUUGAAGACUACAUUCCAGCAAGCCGAAUAGAGAAAAUGACCCUUGUAUAUGUACAACGAGAGCUUGCUAAAUUACAUCGUAUGAAUCGUUCCCUAUUUGAGGAUGAAGCUGAACUAGAAUUUUUAAAGGUGACUCAGCAACUUCCUGAAUAUGGAGUAUUAUUCUACCGUGUGUCCCAAGAGAAGAAAGGAGCAGGGGGGGACAUCAUCUUGGGAAUCUGUGCCAAAGGCAUCAUUGUGUAUGAGGUCAAAAAUCACACAAGAAUUGCCAGUUUAAGAUUCCAGUGGCGUGAAACAGAGAGAAUUUCGGCUCAUAGAAAAAAAUUCAUGAUUGAAAGCAGCUUCAGUGGCAAGAAACACACAUUCGUUACUGAUACAGCAAAGACAUGUAAAUAUCUACUGGACCUCUGCUCUGCCCAGCACAAAUUCAAUGCACAGAUGAAUUCUAGGCAACUUCGGCAAACUUCAUCAGAGGAAAGUAAAUAUGUGGAAAUAGACAAAUCAAAUUCUGCAUAUGCAGCUCAGCGCGAACACCUUGCCCUGAUUCAGAGACUGUCUCGUUCAGAGAAUGUGCUCUAUGGAGCAAACCUGGAAAACCUUUCUGCUGGGAUGAUGAGCAAAUCUUGUGAUAACCUCAGUGUGGAAACCAACAACAGGACUAGAGACAAAAGCAAUCUUGGCAGCAGAUCCAUAUCAGGGCUAUCCCAGUCAGAAAUGCACAUCAAUUUGAAUGGAAAGCAAAGGAGUUAUGACUACCUCUCUAUCCAUUCAACUCAGAACACAAUCAGUGCACCUGGAUCACCAGCCAUCCAAAAGGAAGUUUUGCUAAGUGGUCUAGAAAGAGAAAUCAUUUGCGUCAGCCUAAAACGUGACUCUAAGAAUGGAUUUGGUUUUGUAAUUAUUGGAGGAGAAAAUGUAGGAAAAUUAGACCUCGGUAUCUUUAUCGCUUCAAUUAUCCCUGGGGGACCUGCAGACAGAGCUGGAAAUAUCAAACCAGGAGGACGACUCAUCUCUGUGAAUAAUAUUAGUCUUGAGGGUGUUUCAUUUAAUACUGCAGUUAAAAUCAUACAGAAUUCUCCUGAUGAAGUGGAGCUCAUCAUUUCUCAACCCAAAGACAUGUAUGAAGAAGGAUUAAAUGAAGAAAAGAAUCUAUCAAGAGGAAAUAGCACUAGUGGAUCUGAGAUCUCCUGUGUAGACAGUGGGAGAAAGAAGAUUCAGGAUUGUCAUACAGCUCUCCCCAAAGAACAGGACAUAAAUAUAGAUGAACUUGAGAAGGCUCUUUCCUGGAGUUUAGCACCAAAAUUGGGCCCUAGGAUUCCAGUUCCUUCAGCUGAUAGCCUGGAUGUGGAGGAAGCUGAUUCUUCACACUUACCAUCUCCAUCUGAAACCAACUCAAAGGAAAUCUAUACUGUGGAGCUCGUUAAAGAAGAUGGGACUUUUGGAAUCAGUGUGACUGGUGGAAUUAACACUAGCGUGCGUCACGGUGGCAUAUACGUGAAGUCAAUUAUUCCCAGGGGACCAGCAGAUAAGGAUGGACAAAUAAAGAUAGGUGAUCGUCUGCUGGAAGUAGAUGGCAUCAGCCUCUGUGGCAUCACCCACAAACAGGCUGUGGAACACCUUAAGAAAUCUGGCCAGAUUGCCAAGCUGGUUCUAGAAAGGGGAAACUACCCAUUGGCAGAGCCAUGCCUGACUGCUAAUGAAAGAAAGGAGGACCAGUGUGCAGUUGUUUCUGUGACAACAUCCUUCACAGAUGGCACCAAGGACUACUGUUUUUUGACAGAUGAUAAUACAUUUGAAGUCAAAUUGACAAAGAAUUCUGGAGGCCUCGGCUUUAGCGUUCUGCAAAUGGAAGAUGCUUGUGAACACUUUGGAGGAGCUAUUGUCAGGAUCAAAAGACUGUUUCCAGGGCAGCCAGCUGAAGAGAAUGGCAAAAUUGAAGUUGGAGACAUCAUUUUAGCUGUGAAUGGGAAACCUGUUCAAGGACUCUUGUAUCAGGAUGUCCUGCACUUAUUGAGAGGAGCUCCUCCAGAAGUCACACUACUGCUUUGCAGACCACCAAAAGACGUUCUUCCAGAAAUAGAGCAGAGCUUCCUGACUCCAGCACCAUCUCCAGUUAAGGAGUUUGUGGCAGAUAUGCCAGGCAAUACAGAGGUAGGAAAUAGUAUGGAUCAGUCUACCAGUGAUGGGGGUAGCACCUCUCCAGACCUUGAAGAUUGCCUAGAUUCACCAGUGGCAGCAGAUUUCAGUGAGCCUCCUGAAGAGGACAGCUCAACUUACGAAGAGCAGGAAGCAGAGUUUCAAGAGAAACCCACACAGAAACUUAUGAAUCCCAGGGAAAGUUUCUAUAAGCAUCUUUGGAAGUUUCAUCAAGAAGCUGCCAGUUCUGAAGUCUUCCACUCCCUAGAGGAAGAAGUGAAGCAGAACUGCUACUCGCCAUGUGAAUUUGGAUGGGCCAAAAGCCACAUAUUUAAUAAGAGUGAUGAUGACCUAUUGAACACAAAAUGUAUGCCUGAAACUUUCUCUCUAACCCCUAUUGAUGAAGAGUAUCUCACUGUCAGCUCAACGUCUGUGACCUCACUUUCACGGGGAGGAAGCUCCGAGACACUCUCCACAACCAUGGUGACCCCACAACCACGUGCUUGUGGUCCUUUCUCAUCAUCCCUGCCGGCUAGAGACACACAUGACAGUGACAAUGAAUGGGAAGACUUGGAAGAACUAGCGGAAGAGAAGGAAGAAAAGGAAGAUUGCACUAGGGAAAUGGAGAUCUUUGUGACUUUGACAAAGUCAGAGAACAAUGGUUAUGGAUUUUCUGUGGUUUUUAACAAAGUCGACAACUGCCUGUAUGUUGAUGAAAUCUUGAAUGAGCCUGCCCUCUCUGAUGGAAGACUAAGGAGGGGAGACAGAAUCAUUAUGGUGAAUGGAAUUGAUGUAACAUCCUUACCAUGCAAUGAAGUCCUGACUUUACUGCAAAGCUCUCCUCCUGAUCUACACCUUGUGGUUGGUCGUGCUGACAGCGAUCCACGUCCCUCAAUCAGGCCAGAUGAGAUUCCUGAAAUUACUCUCACAAAAGGUGCCAAUGGACAACUAGGCUUGAAGCUGACAGGAGGAGCUGGAAGCAAGUUACAAGGUAUUUAUGUGCUAGAGAUAGUGCCUGGCUCUCCUGCCAGUGUGGAAGGCAGUUUGCAGCCACGAGAUCAGAUUGUUUACAUCUGUGGACUGUGGACUGAGGGCAUUAGCCUGGAUGAUGCAGUGAGAGUGUGUGAAGCUGCCACCCAGAAUGUCCAAAUCAAAGCCACAAGAAAUGGCAAUCCAGUGGUUCCUAUAGAGCAGGAAAAUAGGCCACCUGCUGAGACAGAGAAAGCCAAUAUUUCUUUCUCAAAUGAAAACCUGAAUUCCCGAGAACAGCAUCUGCUGCAUCAACAUGAGAAACAUUUUGGGGAAACAAGCUGUGGUGCUCAGCAAAACACUCCCGAUUCUCCAGAAUGUAAGGACUUCAUUAUUAAGAUUGAGCUGGAAAAAGCAGAAAACGGCAGCCUAGGAUUUGCGCUGGUAGGUGGAAGAAAUGGCAGGGCUAUCCUAAUAAAAGCCAUCAGCCCGGACAGCAUUGCAGAUCUAGACGGGAGGCUUCAAGUUGGUGACAUUCUACUUAAGGUGAAUGAGACUUUCGUGUCUGGCCUGCCACGCCAAACAGUUAUAGAUUUGCUGCGCAAGGCUCGAGGCACUGUGCAACUCACUGUCUGCCGAAGCAUGGCUUUGCGUUGGGCUUAUUCAGGCAACCAGAGCAACAGUAUACCUUCCCUUUCCAACACAAAAGCAGAGCCGGAUAGCACUGCAGGAAACCUGAGAGCUCAGCCUGUUUUCCCUUUCAAGGAAGAAGAGGAGUCCAACCAGAUGUGCACUGAGGAUCCAGAAAGUACACCCAAUUCCCCUCUGCAAGGUCAGCUGGCUGGACAAGAGUGUAAGGAUAUCAUCAGUAACGUUUCAGACAGGUCACAGAAAUAUGCAGAAUGUGAAGGCUGCAGAAGAGAGAGUCAGCAGCCUGAGUCAGACAGCUGGAACAAUGAAGAUGAGGAUAUGCCUCACAGGAUUUCCGUUCUGCCUAGAAGUAGAACCUUUGCUUCUGGAGAUGAACUAACUCAGUUAAUUAACUUUAAACCAUCACUGACUGGAGUAGAUCCAAGGACUGGCAUCACAGGUCUUAUUCGAGGCCUUCAGUUGCGGAUUGAGAAUCAAGAGGUGUUAAAGGAGUUUAUGGCUUUAGAACAUGUGAAACCAACAGAUGACUGCAGAACUGGCAAAGCACCAGAAAACCAGGAUAAAAACAGAUACCAAGAUAUUCUUCCAUAUGAUAAGACACGAGUUCCUCUGGGAGAAAAGAAUGGCUACAUUAACGCAAGUUACAUUAGAAUGAAAGUUGGAGGAGAGGAACAUUUCUAUAUUAUAACCCAAGGGCCUCUGCCAUCAACUAUGGCUGAUUUCUGGCAAAUGGUCUGGGAGAGUGAAUCAGACGUGAUUGCCAUGAUGACAAAAGAAGUGGAGCUCGGGCAAGUCAAAUGUCAUCAAUACUGGCCCGAACCUCCCCAUGACUCUAUCGACCUAGCUAAUUUCCAUCUCAGGCUGGACAAUUAUGAGAUUCUGGAAUACUUCAUAAUUAGAACAAUAGAAAUGAUCAACAAGCAGACAGAAGAGAAGCGCAUUAUAAGUCAUUUGCAGUUUACCACUUGGCCAGACCACAAUACUCCCAAAUUGGCUGAGCAGCUUAUAAAGUUUAUUUGUUACAUGAGAAAAGCUCACAAUACAGGACCUAUUGUUGCUCACUGCAGCACUGGCAUUGGAAGAAGUGGAGUUUUGCUGUGUGUUGAAGUUCUGCUCAGCUAUAUAGAAGAAGAUCUAUGUUUCAACAUCAAGCAGAUAGUGAGAGAUUUGAGAGAUCAGCGUUUUGGCAUGAUCCAAACUAAGGAUGAGUAUUUAUUCUGUUACGAAGUUGCGCUGGAAGUCCUUCAGAACCUUCAAGCAAUGGAUUCCUACUGACUGCAAUAUGACUCCUCCCUGUUGCUGUUCCACUUGGACUCCAGGGACCACUCAGCAAUUGCUUUGAAGAGAUGUCAGGCCAGCACAGACCAGUGUUAUAAUACAUGCUUUGUUAGAUUACUUUGACUUCUAAGGCAUUUCAAAACCUUGCUUAACAUGUCCUGGGUAAGUCAAUUAAAUCUUGGCUCACAGUUUGGAGAAAUAGCCAGCCAGCACUGCAACGCUGCUGUUAAAUUGCCAUGGAUAAUUUGUGUGUUCUGUGUAAUAAAAUAUUAAUUGUUAGGAAAAUAUUUUGGUACUGUGACAAGGAGAUAGCAGCCUCUGGAAUUAUUUUUACUGUCCAGUGCGCAACUAUAAAGAUCUAAGACUCUGUUGAUGUUUCUGGAAGAUUAGUUGUCCCUUAUAUAUUGUUGUGUGCUCUUGGCUUCUGGACUGCAAAUCAGUAUUUUCUACAGUAGUUAUGCUUUUGUGUGGAAGGACUCAAUUUGUUUACCUUUGUUUGCUUGAACAAUGUAGAACCGUUUCUGGUCAUCACUCCAGCCCAGGAAUUUAUACUACCAUCACUAGACAUCUUAAGUAAAGAAACUGACAAAAAUUAGGAUGCCUUGAAAUCCUACUUGGUUCUCUUCAAAGCAGGAAGAGUAUUCUAAUAAUUGGAUGGAAUAUUAAUUUUUCCCAGGAAUAUGAAGAGCUGUAGAUAGCAUCAGUAUUCUUUCAUUCUGCAUCCAUGUAAAAAGGAAUGCGAUACUAAGCCAGAUGAAAUGGCUGUAUGUGCAUUUUGGCACGCAUGUACUUUUCAUCUUCCCCUGAUCCUUUCCAUUGAUUAACUAGUAAUUCUUAUCUAGGAUCCGAACCAAUCUAUGGGAAGUCCUGUUCAGUAGGGGCUGAAUCAGGUCUUUAAGUUAGAGUAAAUAACUCUCUGUACAGUUUGUUUCUCUUGUAAAAAGAGUUUCUGUUAGUGUGAGUUUGAGUGGAUUUGAGAAAAAAUCUGCAGUUUAAGUUUGUAAGACUGUACCUAUUUCUAUAGUACCACUUCUAAGUCCUUUAUCUAGAAGGUGAUAUAUAUGGAAGUGAAGUUAUUAGAUGCACAUUGGAAGAGUAACUUUUAAACACAGAAAAUUAUAACAGUAUUUAUUUAACUGAAUUGUACAUAUUUUUAAAACUUCUUUGAUUUCAGGAAAGGAGAAAAUAUUAAAAGGCAUUUGAAUAUAAAACUGCAGUAGAAACAAGACAAUAAAAUAGCUGGUUAUUUUCAUUAUGAAUGAGAGGUUUAUGGUUCAGAAAGAACGAGGGAUUAAAUACAAAUUAAAAGUACAUUUUUUAGAAGAAGCCACUGUAAUACAAUUAUAAUUAAGGCCAAGGGCCAUUUUUUCUUUCUGCCCUCAGAUAGUCUGCUGGAAGUCCAGAAAAGAUAGAAAUGAAAUUUCUGAUGUGAGCCAGAUACUAACUUCAAACAUAGUGAUAGAGAUCCAGAAUAACUCUAAAUCAGUGGAGUAACCCUGGACUUAGAUUGGUAUAAACAUAAACAGAAUUCAAUGUUUUGUCUUAAAUUUAUUGAAUUUGAGCCUUCCCAGAAGCGUUACUCUCCAUGCAUUUCACAUCUACUAUCUUUAUGUUGCUUAUAAAGGACUAUUUGCACAGCUUUGUCAAGUGUCAUCAGCCAAAUUUUUGUUCAUAACUUUGUUACCUUCAUUUGGUAUUUUUGGCCUUUCACUUUGAUUUUAAUUACUGCACAUGUACUAUUAUGCAAUGAAUGCACUACACUGCACACGAAUGCACAAUUCACUUUUUGUACCACAACUUUAAAAUCUUAUCAGUGAAAAUAUUCCUGUAUUUUAUGCAAAGGUGUUUAUUCUGUGAUUUAGAACAAGCAUUCUGGAUUUAGAAGACAAUCUUUGUGGCAUUAUUUGUUCCUCCACAUUUGUUCAUCAUCUUUGCAGCUGUUCGACAGAAGUGUUUGCUGUUUGACAGAAGUUUUUCCUGUU